AUGAAUGCCUUCUACACCAAACCAAGCCUACUUGACUUAUCUGUUGCUCAUGAACAAUCAGAGCAAGAUUAUAACAUAAAUAUCUGGGAGCCUAUCAUAGAAGCCAUACUUAGAGUUAUUAUCAAUCAGAGAUUCAUUGAUAUAGCGAAUAUUGAAGUCGGAAAGAAGGCCACCACUACCAAGGUCAAGGAUGACCACUUUAAACUACUUCUGGAAGCCAAAACAAUCAUACAAAAAGCAAUCAGUUCUUUUAGCUUUAUUUAUCCACCGUCUUUCACAGUAACCUCGUUUCAAAUUUGUGGCAUCAAAAGCGACUUAUUACAAACAAGUCUUGGCUCCCCUUCCAAUUUUACCACUCAACGAAUAAGCAAAAGAAUACGUAUACCACUCCGCCCCUGUUGUGAUCGAGCUUUAUAUAUUCAUUUGACUCUUUUGUUACGACAAUUAAUGGUGUAUAAGGAUAAAGUGGAAUCUGUGGCAACCUUGUUGAAAAAAGAAGUUAACAAAGCACUGGAUAGAAGAUCGUCUUUUGGUCCUAUUUUGAGUUCAUCUUACAAGAAGAACUUGGAAUGUUAUCAUAAUUGGUUAAAUGUGUCGUAUUUGGGUACGAUUCACUUAAAAAUAAUUAAGCAAAUCGUUCAAAUAAAUAAACUAUGA